AUGGCUCUCAACACUGCGAUCCAAACUGCCCUGACAAAGCCGUCGUCAGCUUUCGGAUUCUGGCUCACACUUCCCAGCACGGGUGUUGCGAAGACAAUCCUCCGUUCGACGGCUCAGCAGCCCAAUCGAUUCAGCUGGGUUCUGGUUGACGCUGAACAUGGCUUGAUCACAGACAGAGACUACUACGAGCUCACAAAUGCCAUUGGCGCGGAGGGUGCCAGUCCACUCAUCCGGGUCCCCUGGGGCGAGGAAUGGCUGAUCAAACGCGCUCUCGACGCGGGCGCGCAUGGAAUCGUUACUCCGAUGUGCCACACCGAGGAGGAUGCCGUCAAGAUUGUCCGGCACUGCAAGUACCCCCCACAAGGGACUCGGGGUUACGGGCCGAUGUUCGCACCGCAUUCUUUCCCAGAGGUUCCUGCUGCCGAGUACGACAACAACGCAGACAACAGCAUUUUGGUUCUGGUGCAGAUUGAGUCCAGGUCGGGGGUGGAAAACGUAGAGAAAAUCACUCAAGUUGCAGGUCUUGAUGGUGUGCUCAUUGGUCCCUUCGACCUCUCCAAGCAGAUGGGUGUCAUCCGAGGUGGAGAGGAACAUGAGGCUGCAAUUCAGCGUAUCCUCAGGGCUGCCAAGUCUGCAGGCAAGAAGGUUGCCAUUUUCUGUACCGAUGGCGUGGACGCCCGCAAGCGUGCAGAACAAGGAUUCGACCUGGUUUCUAUCACCACCGAUGUCGGUGUCCUUGGCGGCGGAAUGACUCGCGAGCUGGGGAUUUCCAGUGGUGAAAUUGAAGGAGGAACGGGGAGGGAUGGAUACUAG